AUGUCUUCUAGCGAACAGACCUUCAUUGCUGUCAAGCCUGAUGGCGUUCAGCGUGGCCUUGUUGGCGACAUCCUGAGCCGAUUCGAGAAGCGCGGAUACAAGUUGGUUGCCAUCAAGAUGGUGUCCCCUUCCAAGGAGCACCUCGAGAAGCACUACGAAGACCUCUCGGACAAGCCUUUCUUCAAGGGCCUCGUUAGCUACAUGUUGAGCGGUCCGAUCGUAGCCAUGGUCUGGGAAGGUCGUGAUGCUUGCAAGACUGGUCGAUCCAUCCUCGGUGCCACCAACCCUCUCGCUUCUGCCCCUGGAACAAUUCGAGGUGACUAUGCUAUCGACGUCGGCCGGAAUGUCUGCCACGGCUCCGACGGUGUUGAGAGUGCAAAGAAGGAGAUUGCACUGUGGUUUAAGCCUGAGGAACUCCAGAGCUGGAAGUCUGCCCAGCAUGACUGGAUCUACGAGAAGGCAUGA